UGUCCCUACAUAUUUUACUAGUUAAAUUACCCUUCAUUUUUCAAAUCUUUCUUUCUUUCACGCAACCCCAUUGAAAGCAUUACUCUACAACCGUCCUUAUGUCUCUUAAAUACAAACCGGACUUAUCUCCACUAAUGUCCAGCUAGCUAGCAAUCUCUUCUUCUUCUUCUUCUUCUUAUUAAAGUAUUUUACUCCUUCAUACAGAAAGACUUGUUAAACGUAAGAAAUUGUUCACAAGAAGGGAAAAAAAAACUUAAAAAAUGGAAGAAACAAAGACUAGUAUUAUCAAACUACAAAAAGCAGUGGAGGACGAUCAAAAGCAGCUGAUUCCAGGCCUGCCAGAUGAGAUUUCUAUGGAGUGCCUGGUGAGAGUCCCUUACCAAUUCCAUUCCAAUAUGAAAUCAGUUUGCCACGCUUGGCAACACUUGAUUUCCCAUCCUUCCUUUUAUCAACAAAGGCUUAAAUCUGGCACUUCUGAACAUCUUGUUUGCCUUGUCCAACCUCUUCCCCCGAUAAAUGACUCCACCACCACCACCACCACUACUGAAUAUGAUGAUAAUCCCCUUGAUAGCAACAACAAUAAAACAGCCAAAAACGAAGACAAGCAAGAGCAGCAGCAGCCCAUUCAUAGCCCACCUCAGUAUGCACUGAGCAUCUAUAAUACCACGCAUAACAUCUGGCAGAGGACAAGUCCUACAGAGGGAUCGGGAAUUCCUAUGUUCUGCCAAUGUUUAGCCCUUCCAUCCUCUGGAAAACUUCUCCUCUUAGGGGGUUGGGAUCCCACUACUCUGGAACCAGUCCCUCAUGUAUUCAUCCUGGAUUUCUUUGGAGCUACUGGAGCUACCUGCAACUGGAGACGCGGAGCUUCAAUGUCAGUUCCACGCUCUUUCUUCGCCUGUGCUGUCAUUGGAUCCUCAAAAGUGUGCGUGGCAGGAGGCCAUGAUAGUCAGAAGAAUGCAUUGCGAUCUGCAGAAAUCUACGACGUUGAGACAGAUCAAUGGAAAAUGUUGCCUGAUAUGAUUGAAGAGAGGGAUGAGUGUCAGGGACUGACUUGGGAGGGGGAUUCCAAGUUCUGGGUUGUGAGUGGAUACGGCACAGAAAGCCAAGGGCAGUUCAGGUCUGAUGCUGAGUUUUAUGAUCUCUAUACUGGGUGUUGGUCUAAGGUUGAUGGGGUUUGGCCUUUCUCGAGUGCUAGCCCUAGAGGAACCACAACUGCAGUUUGUGUCAACAGGGACAAACACCAAAGGUUGUGGUUCUUGGGAGGUGACCAACAGCAACAGCAGCAAAGUAGAGAAGUAGUCAAGGUUAGUGACACCAUUAGACUGGAAAUAGUCGGUUCAAUUCCACUUCCAAAUUGCAUUACUGGAACAAACCCGUGUGUGACUACUUUCAAUUAUGUUGGCCAAGAAGGGGGGAAUCAUAUGAACAAGCAUCGGUUGUUUGUAAUGAGCGGCGGUGGUGGCAGGGGAUCAUCGACACUAGCUUGUGGCGAAUGUGAUGGGGAAGGGGCAUUCAUCUCCGAUGGAUAUAGCAAUGAUGGCACCAUCAAGUGGAACCACAUCCACACUCCUGUGGAAUUUUCUGGUUUUCCAUACUCAGCUUCUUCUCUCAUAAUCUGAGAAUAAACGGCAAACCACAUCUUUUUUCUAUAUGCACUGUGGAGCCAGUUAACUAGACAUCACCUUUGAACGGACCCAAUAGUAGGGAACUAAGAGUACUAUGUGCUGAACAUUUCCUUUUCUUUGUUAAGCCAAAAAUCUAUGAUACGAGUUAAGGACGCGAGCAUGCAUGCGAUGACUGAUGUUAGAACAUGAAUGCUGCUGGUUACUUUCAUGUUACUAUCAUUACUAUUGUGGUUUACUCCCAAAUGCUAAUCCAUUCUUCAAGAUCAAA